UUUAAAAUUCGGUUCCGCCUUGACUUAAUUUUCCAACUUUACUUUUUCCCCAGUCGGAGACUCGCCGCAAACCUCCGAUGGUUCAUCAAUUCACCAGUCAAUCGUAUCCCGUACCUGAAAUUGGGCCCUCCUUUGCGAUAUGAGGCGUCCUCACCCCGGGCUUUUUGCCCGUCGUCCCUGGGUCUGUAUCCAGUGCAGCAGAGCUCGUUGUUCCUCCGUUGCCUCGAGCAAGCCUAUCCGCGCCGGCAACAAAAAGACGAAUAUGCCUGACUUGCCUGCGAGAACCCGAUUCGCACCGUCGCCGACCGGAUACCUUCAUCUAGGAUCUCUGCGAACGGCAUUGUUCAAUUACCUUUUAGCUAAGCGGACAGGAGGACAAUUCUUGCUACGAAUUGAGGAUACCGAUCAGAAACGAACUAUCCCCGGUGCUGAACAAAGGCUGUAUGAGGAUCUCCAAUGGGCUGGGCUGCAAUGGGAUGAAGGUCCUACUGUCGGCGGUCCCCACGGUCCUUAUAGGCAGUCCGAGCGCACAGCUAUUUAUCGCACCCACGCUCAUGAUCUUAUAAACAACGGACACGCAUACCGAUGCUUUUGCUCUGCGGACCGACUCGAUGCCUUCGCGAGGCACCGCAGUCAAGCUGGGCUCGCUCCUGGCUAUGACCGGAAAUGUGCAGAAAUAUCGCCCGAGGAAUCUGAAGACCGGGCAGCGAAGGGAGAAACGCAUGUGGUUCGACUGAAGGCGGAGGGAUAUCCAAUGUUUGAGGACAUUGUCUACGGGAAAACUGGCCAGAAUCGCACGCCGAACAAGCUGGACUUGAUUGACAGGGUGUAUGACGACCCUAUCUUGCUCAAAUCAGACGGCCACCCGACCUAUCAUCUCGCCAAUGUGGUUGACGACCAUCUUAUGGAGAUUACUCAUGUAAUUCGGGGCACCGAAUGGAUGCCCUCUACGCCCAUGCACGUCGCUCUAUAUAAUGCAUUCAAGUGGACGCCGCCCCGCUUCGGCCAUGUACCUCUUCUCGUGGACAAGUCUGGGCAGAAACUUAGCAAGCGGAAUGCCGAUAUUGAUCUCACCUCCUUCAAGGACUCACAGGGGGUGUUCGCCGCUUCCUUAGUAAACUUUGCCGCUCUCUUGGGCUGGUCUCACACUCAGAAAUCGGAUAUCUUCAGUCUUGAAGAACUAGAGCAGAUUUUCAACCUCAAAAUCACUAGGGGUAACACCGUUGUUGCUUUUGAGAAGCUUUGGUUCCUUCAAAAAGCACACGCGCUGCGAUUUGCCACAAACAGGAGUUCGGAGUUUGAGGAGAUGGUCUCCAAAGUCUCUGAGGCUGCAGAGGAGACAUACCCUACACAACAACUAGCCCCAAUCCUUCAGUCACGUUCCCUAGCAGAAUAUGUCUCCCCUCUCCUCCACGCUGAUGCCAAAUCCUACACGAAUGCAUCGGAGUUUGUCCAGCGCAACUCCACCUUCUUCACUACUACUCUAAAUAGACCCCCAUAUGCACCAGUUGCCUCCUCCAACAAGGCAUCAUCUCAAGCCAUUCCUAUGAAAGCCAUCCACACAGCAGCUGCAGCCCUCAGCCUUGUCCCUGAAUCCCACUGGAAUGUCGAAACCCACAAAUUCAACAUCACCUCUUAUGAUGGUGCCUCCGCCAUCCUUCCUGAAGAAACGGGUGCAGACACCUAUGGCUCAGCGGAAGAAGCGGCAAAGGCCCAAGUCGCUGCCGACAAGGCCUUUAAAAAGGAACUGUACCACUAUCUACGAUGGGCCCUGUCUGCCUCCGCACCAGGACCUGGUAUCCCUGAGACUAUGGUAAUCCUAGGUCGUGCCGAGGCUUUGCGAAGACUUCAGGAGGCACGACAGAUGACCAUGGAUUUGGUAAACGCUCCCGCUGGCCCGACUAGGGUAGCGAAGGACGCUAAAUCUGGUGAAAGCCAGGAUACAAACUGGAUGGGUUCACUAGCUCCCCGAUCAUGAUUCCCAGCCUCCGAAUGAUCCAUUCAGCCUAAAGUAUAUUACCUUACAUUAU